AUGGCAUCCCCACCUAGAAAUCCUCCUCCAGCCGCCGAUGCUGUUCCAAUCAGCUACAUUGAGCCCGGAGAUGAGCUGAACCCGAUUGACCCAGAUAAUUUUGAUUUUGUGGGUCCCUCUUCCACCGCCGGAAGGUUUCCAACGCGCCGGUCCAAGCGCACAAACCCCUUCCCAGAUCUGAAUACUGCGGUGCCACAACGCCGGAGAGGAGAAAACUCUCCCCGGAGAGGAAGCAGAGGUGGAAGAAGAGGAGGCAGAGGUGGCCGCACUCCUGUUAGGUCAAAUCCACCAAGAGGUCUUCAUUUGGUGGAUGAAGAAACUGAUGAUGAAGAAGGAGACCCUACAUUUGCUGCACCACAGGCUCAAGCCUUGUCCUCCAGUUCCUCCGAGUCAUCAUCCAACAACUCACCUUCCCCAGCAUCAACUCAGGGGGAGACAUCACAGCCCAGCAUGGCAACAGCAGCCUCUCAACAUUCUGCUCCAGAAGAUGCUGCUGCACCUGUUUCUGAAGGUGUUGCUGCACAUGCUACAGAAGAUGCUGCUGCACCUACUGUUUCAGAAAAUGCUCCUCAGAAUGCUGCUGAGGAUGCUGGCCCUUAUCAGGAUGAAGAAAUGCCUGAUUUCUCUGGAAUGUCAUCAGCAGAGCAUGUAGAUAUUCCAUCUGUGGAUGCUCAAGACUUCACCACUACAGAAGAAACUCCAUCAGCACCUCAUGGAGAUCCUCUGGAAACUCUGGCAGAAGCAGCAGUUCAAGCAGAUGCAACUCCUCCUCAGGCUGAAGAAUCAGAGAAAAGUGAAGACAGUUGGGAGGUUCCACUAGCUACUUUUCGCAAAAACUUGUCCUCUUCUGAUUCUGACAGUGAAUCCUCUGAAGAUUCUUCUCAGCAGGAAGAAGGUGUUGCCCCACCUGCUGCAUCACCUGAACCAGCAUAUGUCCCUGAUGAGCUUGAAGAUUCAGAAGAUGAUGAUUUUUCAGAAGAAGAAGAACCAGACUUGGAUGGGAAGAAUUUGUCAACCCCUUUUGAGAGAUCUUCUAUUGCAGCAGCUUACUCAUUCUCUAGCUCAGAUUACCUAUCAUCAGUCCAUGGUGGAGAUGAUUCAGAAGGCUCUUUCUGA